AUGUUGGGGAGGGCCCUCUUAUCAAAAGACGAGAUGAUGACUUGCCUUUGUGUGGCAGCCGCUACGAUCAACGAGAGACCUCUUGCGGGAACCACAGAAGACGCCAACGAUUUGAUUCCGUUAACCCCAGCCAUGUUCCUCAAAGGGACAAAGAUGACGAAGUUCCCGGAAGCUGAACAUAUCACGGGGACUGAACUGCAAAUUCGUUACAAAGUCAUGAGAAAGUUGCAGCUGGACCUUCAGGCGAGAUUUCGAAAAGAGUAUCUGGGUCAGCUUGUCCAAAAAGCCAGUGAGAAGAAAACAAGAGACCCGAAGAUUGGAGACAUCGUCCUUGUGGGAGCAGACAAUAAGAAACGCUUUGAGUGGCCCCUCGGACGCAUCCUGAAAUUGAACAAAGGGAGAGAUGGCCAAUAUCGAUCAGCUUUGGUGAAGACAGCGAAAGGAUUUUUGGACCGUCCCUUACAACGCCUCUACCCUUUGGAAGUUCCAUGCGGAAACGACCUGCCAAAACAGAAUUUGGACGUCCCGAGUCAGUCAGAUGUUCCAGACGUCGACGAAGAUCCUGAGACAGUCGAAGUGAAUGAUGAAGAGUUGGUGAAAGAAGCCCUGCCCGAAGUCGUCACAAGAUAUGGUCGUCAUAUCAAGAAACCAAAGUGCUACAGUGAUUGGUUUAAAAAGUGA